GCUCACCAUGAGGAACAUCACUACAGAGGCAUGGAGGCAGCAUCCAGCCGACAGGCCUGCCAUGUCAGGCAUUCUGCGUCGCAUGAUGACAAAGAGUGAUGUACAGUGGUCGGCUGAUCAGCUGAGAACGGCUGAAAAUGAAGCAAGAAAAAAGCUGACAGACGCCCUGAGGGUCAGCACCCGAGUACGGACACCGCGUCGUGAGCCGGUCUCAGCAGGUCUGUCCUCCGGGGAAGGUAGCGGCCUGUCACCCCGAGAAGCCGCAAAUACAAGGCACGGAGAGCAACGGAUAUCCCCACAAAGUACACGGCUGUCCCCACGUGUCUCUCAGGUGUCCCCAGGUGUCUCUCGGGUGUCUCCACGUGUCUCUCGAAUGCCCCAACGCGGGGCUGGUCUGCAGACGUCCCGUAAGCAAACCCCCGUGACCAAACAGGGUGGGCACAAGGAAAACUCCAAUGGAAAGUCUAAACCCUCAGGAUCACAUGUAGAUGAUCAAGAGAAGAUCAAGUCAUCCGAAUCACAUGUCAGUGGGUCAGCGAGCGUCAGGGAAAACGCGUCUUCCUCAGGCUCUGUGAGGGAGGUGAACAGUUCGCACAUCGGCAACAACAGAUGCUCGGCACAGACCCUAACUCGUGACGAGGGCUUCUCUGAGUCAUCCUUUACAGACGACCAGAUGAGCCAUGACGGCAGCCAGUGCGAAUCAGGCGCUGCAGGGGGUCAGUCUGCUGAUGAGCCAUCUGAGGCAGCUGAGGAGCCAUCUGAGGCAGCUGAGGAGGUAGCUGAGGCACUUGCAGGGCUGGCUCAGGUUCACCUGGACUUUCCAGAACGGCCAGCCAAGCUACUGACAGACCACGAGUCUGGAGUCAAUGCAAAAGAAGAAGAUGCAGGGCACCAGUUAAGUUCUAAUAUGGCCACACCGUGUCCUCAACCAGACCAGCAGCAAGUUGGCUUCAGCACGACGCACGACCAGACAGAUCCGACCAACCGAGACGCCUGCCAAGGUCGUCAUGGAGAAACUGAAGAUGAAUUUGAAGAUGAAUCAGCUGAGCCGGUCACCGUCCAAUAUAGGGGUAAACUGCAGCCAGAUCCGAGUCUGGAUGUCCAGUCAGAAGCACAGCAAAGUACAAGGACCGACGCACAGUCGGACACAACCGAGACCUACAGAGAUGAAGAUCACAUUUCAUCUUCAUUUGACUCCGAUGACGAAACAUCGGUCAAGGUGCCUAUGGGAGAACGGAUAGAGCGCCCCAACAGCGACUUGAUGGCAGAGGACGGAGACAAUGAUGGGUUAGGAGUCGACUCCACAACACAGCACCAAUCGCAGACCUUGUCUAGUGAACAAACAUUACAGCACCAAUCGGAAAUCAUUUCACAAGGUGUCACUGACCAGCACCUCAACGAAGCUGGACCUGUCGGCGAUGUCGGCCUGCAAACAGCUGAGACUGCACAACAAGAGCAGAACACGUCAGCAGCAGGGGAAGUCGUUACUGCAAUGGCGCAGCCUCGGGCAGACCCACAAGUCCCAUCCUACCCUGCAGUGAUCUUCUAUGACGAGGCUGACCCUGACAUUGCCCAGGUGAUGCAGGUGGCCCAACUCCUGAGGCGUACCUGGGGGCUGCACGUUUUUGACCCGCACCGUGACGGGGUGGAGGACAAGAUGACGAGUUUCCGCCACUCAUUUGAGAACAGCCAGCACGCCGUGGCCGUCCUCACGCCCGCCGUCAUCCGGGACAUGCAGGAGAACAGGCCGAGCACUGCGUCCUUCCGGAUCGCCACCUUUCUGACGGGACUGCUGGAGACACGUGAGCAGACGUGCAGGAGGCGCCUGAUCCCAGUACAAAUUGGCAACGAUGAGAUCCCGUUUAUCCUCUGCAACUUCUGUGUUCUCCGUCUAGGGACAAGUGGCUUCCAUAGACGACUGUAUCGGGCAGUCGGCAGUCAGACAGGUGACACAGGUCUGACGACCAGAGACGUCAGAGGCUGGGCUGACCAGAUGCCACUGUUAGAGCACACAGUGAACACGGUGGCUGCAAUGCUGCGCCUCCCACCAGAGGUCCUCACAGACAUCAAGCAGGAGUUUGGAGGCAGCCGGGCCAGACUGAUUCAGGUCCUGGAGUGCUGGUGCAUGCACCACGGCGCAUGCGCCACUGACGUGCGGCUGCAGCAGGUGGUAGCAGCCGUGACGGGAGGGCAGAGGUCAUGUGCUAGAGAUCAGGAACAGGUGCAGGCCAACGUACCGGAAGGUCAGGGGUCAUGUACGAGAGAUGAAGGUCUGGUGCAGGCCACCGUACCAGAUGAUCAGGGGUCAGAUGUGAGAGGUCAGAGUCAGGUGCAGGCCGCUGUACCAGGAGGUCAAGGUGAAACACAGCGGCAACAGUACGAGGAGCACCAGCCACCAGCAGAAAUCAACACCCUGCUAAGGACCAACCGCGUGCGGCUAGUUGACGCCCUAAUGUACCCCGAACCCGUCUUGGACCACCUAUACUCCCGCUGUGUCAUCAAUAAUGAAGAGAUGGAACUUAUCAAGUCACACAGUGUUCGCCAUGAGCAAGCGCGCAAGCUGCUCGACAUCAUCGCGACUAAAGGCACCUGGGGGUGUGCAGAGCUCAAGUCCGUCCUGGCUGAGGUCAAUCCAUAUGCAGCAACGUUCUUAGAGACGUAAAGGUUGACACUUGUUGAAACUUGUUAUUUACAGCUUAGGUUACAUUCCUGCGGACUUAGAACUAUGGAAUUUAACACAUUCCGAUUCAGAGUACAUUCUUCCCAGUUACUGUAAGAUGCUACUUUGUUUCCUUACAUUUCAUUUAUUUCAUGUGUGCGGUGUAAGCUGCUACUGAUUCCUUUGUUUGUUGACGCACAAGUGCAACUUAUUAGAUAUUGGAUAAGACUACAAAACCUAAAAAUCUAAGAUCUAACAUUAGAUUUGAUGUAACGUUAUAACGUUACAAUGUCUCAGUAUGCAUUGCGGCCAUCAUCUGUAUUUUGUAGCCCAUGUUUCAUAUGAACAGAAUAGCAAUGUAUAUGAGGCGUUUCAUAAGAUUAGUGGAUUUUUCAGAACAACACCAUUCAGACCUUUGUCUACCAGUUGAUUGGAUAAAGAUUGAAUUUAAUUGAUUUAUCAUCAAUCUGGCAUUGAUUGUAUCCAUAACAGCGGUUGCGCAAUAAAGUUUGAUUGCUUGAUUGAUUUCUAGGCCGCACGGUUAUUUCCUCAUCAUUCACUACACGAGCCAGUAUGUUUUGCGUUGUGAACAGCCUUACUCUUUGGAAUGCUUUAGUAUGAAAACACCCUCAUCGAGAGUAGCGUUACACCUGACGGAGUGAUUCGGUGAUGUGCCUAACCUAACAUCUACAUCUGUGAUUGCUAAGCAUAUCGAGAAGUUGUUCGAAUGUAGCAGCGUCAUCUAGUGAAAAGCGAAACAACUGCAUGUUUCUGUUUUUACGUAUAAGGGCAAACUGGAAUCAGCAUGAUGCACGAAAGAGGCACGUAUUGCUGGUAAAUGAUAUGAAUCAAAAGUGAAACAUGUUUUAAAGCAUAUGGACAUCGUCACGAAGGGCACGUAUCCACUUUUGUUCACUUACAACAAAUUACCCGUGCGUGCUGCAUAUUCAGUUUGUUACAUUGUCUGUAUCCCCAUUACAGCAUUGUCUCGGUUUGCUCGAAGUGUAUUUCUUUUUUAAUCCAAGGAAUCAUUUUUGCUGUAUACAACAUUUCCAAAAAACGUAACGUUACUUUUCCAAAGACGUACCAAU